CGAGGAGGAGGAGGAGGAGGAGAAAGGAGGAGCGAGUGAGCGGGGGAACAGACUGGCUGAAGCUUGCAGCUCUCAGUCUCUCCUCUGUGCUUAGUGAAGCAGCUUCGUUUUGCUCUCCCUCUUACACAACCCUGCCUCUCCUACUCUUUUGCCUGAGCUGACAAGAGCAAACGCAGCAGCCAAAACAGGGGCUCACUCGCUCCAACUCUCCGUGUGCCAUGCUGCCCUGGAGGAGGAAUAAGUUUGUUCUGGUGGAGGAUGAGGCCAAGUCUAAACCCAAGAGCCUGGGGACAGGGCUGACCUACCAAUCCAUCCUCUCCUCUCUUCUUCGCUCCUGUCCGGACUUGCUGCCCGAGUGCCCCUUCGACUGGGUGGGCAGCAUCUUCCACACCAAACGGCAAAAGGUGGAACUGAACAAAGAGGAGCCUGUUUACAACGUGCGCUACCUGGGGAGUGUGGUUACCAUCACGGCAAAGGGAGAUGGCUGCACCCAGGAGGCGGUGGCCAAGAUCUGGGCUAGGAGCAACUACGGGGAGCAGAGUGUCAAGAUGAGGCUAACCGUGGGGCCGCAGGGCAUCAGGAUGAGCGCUGACAAAUCUGGGAAAAAGAAACCCAUCCAUCUUUACUCACUGAACAGAAUCACGUACUGCGGGGCUGACCCGUGUCGGCCCAAGAUUCUGGCUUGGAUCUACAGGCACCAGGUCAAGAACAUGGCCGUGGUGCUCCGGUGCCACGCAGUCCUGGUUAGCAAGUCGGAGAAGGCCCAGGCCAUCGGUCGCAGCCUCUACCAGAACGCCACCUCCGCAUUCAGCGAGUUCAAGCGGCUGAAGCGUCAGAGCGAUUUCCGGCACUGCCAGCAGCAGUUACUGGGGGACGAGGCGGUACCCCUGAUGCCACUGAGGAGGCUGCUGAACGGGCAGUGCCAUUACAGACCGCCGGCCGGCAACCCUGGUAGCGCCACCCGCCUCUGCUCCAUCACAGAGGAAGAAGAGGAGGAGGCGGACAUGGAAAAUGAGAGGCAAGAGAUGGAGGAACCAGAUGAGCAGAAGAAGCAGGUUUUUACAACAAAAACAGACCCGACUCAGUUAUUAUCAGAGCUGGACAUUGGGGAUAUUGCCAGACUGGAGCAGUGCCAAAUCAACUUUGUCAGUGACAGCAACAACAACACGUUUACAUUCAUAACCUCUCUGGUGUGACAGUUCAAAGAAUUCUGCAACACUACAGUAACACAUUCCUCUCUUGGCCCUUCUCUGGUACCCCCACUCAGGCUCCCUCCUUCCCCGUUCCAUGUAAUGUGAAGUGUUUACUAGAAACUUCUCCUACUACCGGGUGGUGGAGAAAAGGAAGAGGAUCUUUCUGCGGGAGCACUUCCCAUGCUGGUCAGAUGGCUCAGAUGCUGGUUUUAACGAUAGCAGUUUGGGAAACUGCGUGUUUACAAAGACGGCCGGGGAUGCACAGACUGACGAUAGCACAAUGACAAAUUAGGACAAUGGUUUCAG